GUUGUCGGAGGCAGAACUCCGCGCAUGCGCACAGCGAGUCCUGGCAGCGCGAGCCACUCACAUCCUGCUCGUUCAUAUUCAUGAGGAGAAGCGAGCGGCGCCGCUGAUUGGCUCCUGAGCCGAGUUACCAGGACAACAGAAACCAAACGAACAGUUUCAUUGACUGCAGAAAUUUCACCAGACAAAUUGAAUAAUGCUCCAGGGAAUUCUUUUUUAAAUUAUUAUUCUUUUAUUUUAUUUAAUUAAAAAUGGACAAACAGCCAGAACGUGAAGAAAAUGAGGUGAAGGAUGACACUGAGAGGGAGGAGGAUUCUGCCAUUCCUGCUGACAGACGUGAGAAAGAAGACUCUGAAAUGGUUGCAUCAGAUCAUGAGAGCAGGAAAGUCACAGAAGAAGAGCCCUCUGUUGCCAAAGCUGCCACCUGUGAGCCUGAAGAGACCAGUGGAAAUGAGCUGCUAAGUGAAGACUUGGACGUGAAGCUGAAUGAAGUCACCGAACAACUUCUGACCCAGCAAGAAAGUGUUAUUUUUGAGAGCAGUUGUGAUGAUGGACCUGCCAGGCUGCAUCUUGAAACCCCAGAGAGGCAGACCACUGGUGCUGAGGAGCAGGAGGAAGAGGAAGAGGAGGAAGUCAGUGCUGCUGAAGACAGAGAAAACACCAGGUAUGAAGAGUCCAGGCAAAAGCUCCAGGAGCUGAUCAGGGAGAGGGAUGAGGCCAGCCAGCUCAGUAGCAAACUGCAGAUGAAGCUGGCUGAAUAUUUCCGCAAGAAGGCCGGAGGCAACGCCCAGCAGGAGAGACACAAGCCAGAGACAGAACAGCUGCAGGAGUACGAGAAGUUCAUGAACAUCCUGACCGACCUGCAGAGGCAGCUCACAGCUGACUCUGAAUCAGCCCAGCAGCAGGAAGAGCAGCUGAGAAUACAGUCCCAGGAGAAGCUGGACAAGGUGGAAAAAGAAUGGCAAGCGUUGACGGCACUGAAGCAGGAGGCGGCUGUGACGGCGCUGAGUCGACACCUGGGUCCAGAAGCAGCUCUGGCCAAAGUGGAGUCGACCCUGAGAGCGGAGCAGCUCCGGCAGGACGAGCUGGUCAAGCUGCGUCUGAAGCACAUCAAGCUGAAGAUCAAGAUCCGCCGGCUGGAGGCCGAGCUCCGGGACAGGGAGGACCACAGCAGAGACCCCCUACAGAUCCAGUUUGAACAGCUGCAGGCCGCGAGGCUGGAGCAGAAAAAACACGCUGAGAAGCAAAGUGAGGAUUCGCUGAAGCUGCAGAAGAAGAUCUGCAGCUGCUUGGAGCUCCUGUCAAACAUAAAGGAGAAGCUGUGCUGGAGCCAGAUGGACGUGGAGGUGAAGCGAGAUCAGCUGGCUGAGGUGGAGGCCCUGGUGGCCAGAAGGAGGGACCUCCUGACCAGGACCAAGCAGGCACGCAGCAGCCUGCAGGGGGACAACCUGAGGCUGAAGGAGCGUCGGGGGCUGCUGGGGAACAGGAUCCUGCUGCGGGACUUUGAGGACACCGUGGACGCCUCGGAGCAGCUGGAGGAACACCUGGAGAAGCUCAAGUGCCGCCAAGCUGAGGUUGUCUUCAGCGGCGGCAGAUGGAAGAAGAAGCUGGAGACAACUUAAUGCAGGAGUGCCCAACCAGUCGAUCGCGGUCUACUGGUCGACCGCGGGCUGAUCCCAAGUCGACCACGAGGGUUGUAGGGAAAAAAAUUUUUAAAUAAAGGUUUUUUUUGUG